GUUUAACCUGUCAUCAACGGCUGAAAUCAUCUCCUAUAUCAUAAAUUUCUCGCCUUUACUACUAGGGUUUUGUAGCAAGCCUUGUCUGUGUCCGGAAAGAGCGUCAAGAUGGGCAGAAGACCAGCAAGGUGCUAUCGACAAAUUAAAAACAAACCUUAUCCCAAAUCAAGGUUCUGUCGUGGUGUCCCAGAUCCAAAGAUCAGGAUUUACGAUGUUGGGAUGAAGAAAAAGGGAGUUGAUGAAUUCCCAUUCUGUGUUCAUCUAGUCAGUUGGGAAAAGGAAAAUGUUUCGAGCGAGGCAUUGGAAGCUGCACGUAUUGCUUGUAACAAAUACAUGACUAAGUUUGCUGGAAAGGAUGCUUUUCAUUUGCGUGUUAGGGUUCAUCCUUUCCAUGUCCUUCGUAUUAACAAGAUGUUGUCGUGUGCUGGAGCUGAUAGGCUCCAGACUGGUAUGCGUGGAGCUUUUGGUAAGCCUCAAGGUGUUUGUGCUCGAGUUGCUAUUGGGCAGGUGUUGCUUUCUGUUCGUUGUAAAGAUUCGAACAGUAAUAAUGCUCAAGAGGCUCUUCGUCGUGCUAAGUUCAAGUUCCCUGGUCGUCAAAAGAUCAUUGUCAGCAGGAAAUGGGGUUUUACCAAGUACAACCGGACAGAUUACGUGAGGUGGAAGUCUGAGAACCGUAUUGUCCCAGAUGGUGUCAAUGCCAAGCUUCUUGGAUGCCAUGGUCGUUUAGCUUUACGCAAACCUGGGGGUGCUUUUAUUGAUGCAACAACUUAGGAUUUAGUCUAAAGCGACACACCUGGAGGGUUGAUGUUGUAUUGGGAUUGAGGUUUUUCUAUGAAACUAGAACUUUAAAAUUUUGUUUUGUUUUGUUUUGUUUUGAUGCAAUUUGGUGACUAGUUCAUUUGCUAUCUUGUGGCAUUUGAAGCUAUUUGUUACCUUUUGUUUUCACAUGAGUAUUCCAAUUUAUCUUAUUUUGUUUCCUUUUGACA